AGUUUAGUCUCUGGCGACCACGCGCACACCCACAUCAUCAUGUCUUCUGCAGCUGAACAGUCUGCAAAAUGCACAACGAAACAAUUUAGGUUUAUUGGUUAAAUUAUCAAUCACUCAUUAAUACAUUGACUGACGUCUGCUUCCUCCAAGCGCAGAUUCAUUUGACAAAGCAGAAUAACACCCCUCGAAGAGAGAAUGAAUUUUACUUCAUUUUAUUUCUUCAGUAACUGAUUAAUCCGUUUCGGGAUAUUAACAACUGUGUAGGCUAAAGCUAUUUCCGGAAGAAAAAUUUUUUGCCAGAAUUUUCUUUGUAAUAAUAGUGAUUCGUCGACCAAUUUGUGCUUUGGCAUUUUACCGACGCUACCAUGACUACAGGCAAUCAGUAUUUCACAUUAAAAAACUCAUCGGUUUUUUUUGCAAAUUUAUGAAGCCGCACGCGCGGCGAGCGUUAGAUAGGACACCAGCUCAAUCUGUGCAAGAUGAGGCUAGGUUUCCAGUCUACCAGCAAAGAUCUGUUGCUUGGCGACGUGUUGAAACAGAGGUGUAUCGCAUAUCGGAGCCGAAGCAAGGUUGUGUGCGUGUACGUGUAAGCCGAGGCCCAUUUCCGGCUAUGCGUUGGCAUGAUUCGUGGCCUACGGACAGUCUCCGAUCAACAAUAUGCGUUAGAGACAGCAUUUGUUCAACAUCGAGCGACUUAGUGUACUUAUCUCUCAUCAUAUAGCGUGACUACUACAAAGGGCCAACAGCAUUCUUUGACAGCAGAGUUCCACAGACAGCUUCAAGAUGCCGUCUGAGAAGGGGAGUGGAAAGACCGACAUGGAACGCAUCGGCCUGUUUCAGGAGAUGGAAUAUGUGACAAUUAGUGAUAAAUACAAAAUGCCUGGAACAAAGGCCUUCAACGUGUCCGCUUACAAAGGCAAGCAAAUGCUGCCUGGUGGAAGCAAGACCAGGACGGCAGGGCAAGGGGGUUACUUCAGCGAGAAGUUCACCCGCAUCAUGGAGGGCGAAGCGUACAGUGACCCUGUGAAGAUGCGUAGGCAGUACAAAGUCAAGGAAUCCAAGAAGAACAUUGGGAAGGCAUUCCUGCCCAGCAGUGGGACCAAAAUGCAGAGUGGACUUGGCAACCAUUAUGGCACACUAUCCGGUCCUGUGGGAGCCUUCAGUCCGGUGAAGAAACCCGGAAAACCCUACAAAUCGGACGGUAGAAACUUCACCACAAAUCCAGGAAAAAUCGGAACAGGAUAUGGGUACCCAUCGCUAACGAUAGGCAAAGGCUAUACCUAUUCAUCCAACCCAUACAACAAAGGCAAAGAAUUAAGACGGAAAGAACUAGAGGCCCACAAGAGCGCGACCAAAGGUGGAGCCUUCAAGCUGGGGAUGCACCCGAAGGCAGUGUUUGACGCCAACCCCUACGCUACUGACAAACCCUUGCCACCCAUCAAGAAGAUCGGAACGCCCAAGAGAGAAGUCAAACCGUUCAAGCCCAGUCACCCAGCAAAAGAAAUUGCUGGUUGCAAGGCGGGGACCUUUGACCCUUACCCCUCUCAUUCCAACGAUCCCUACAAGCUCAAGAAGAAGAAAGGACCUCCGCCAAUGAACAACAGCGGCAAGAUAUUCAUGCCUUCACCGGGUCCCAAAUCGGCGACCACCACUUCCAUCAUCAACCAGAACGUUUUCAGGACCAUUAAUAGCACCAACUUCAGACAAGUCAUAGCAUCAUCAGUAUAGGACAGGAGAGCCCAAGUUUAUUGCCCAAGGACAGAGAGACAUUUCCAGAUGACCGUUGUACCAGUGCAAGGUGGACUUGAUAUUGCAUUGUAACUCUUCUACAACGGUUGAAUACUGACGGCUCGAGUCCAGACUAGAGAAAGGUGAAAGAUGCGAACCUGUCAACAUGGAAACGUUGUUAAGGUUACGUUACAUUUUUGUUCUGAAUUGCCGGCUAAAGUAAAUAUAGCCCAAACCACGAAUGACGGUUACUUACCUCAUCCUGCUUGUCAUAACAAGUGCGCUGAUUUAACUUUCCAACUUCCUGUCCAACUGUCCACCAAAGAGUUAAUAUUCACUAAGUUAAUUGGAAAUUAUAUUUGCUGUGUCGAUGUACAUAAGUAUAUUUUAUAACUGCCUCAUUUUUUUUUGUAAAGUGAUGUGUAUAUACAUGUACAAAGCCAUUUACCGUUUUCAUAUUUUAAUACAGAAAAGUUCAUUCUGAGGUACAAUCACAUGUGAAAUUUUAGUAUUUGGAGUCUGAAGUAUGAGACGGAAAAUUCCUGUACGUAUCAGACACACAACUUUUCUUUCUGAAGCUGUGUCUCCAGUUUUGUAAUCCCUAUAUAUGCCAUUACAAAUUGAAAACCACUGUACGUCUACAAUUUUUGGACAGCUUAGAAUGUCGUAUUUCUUUCUGAUGCUCUAGAUGUUUGCCUGACGUGUACUGUGGGUUGUAGUUAUGAAGAAAUCCGGCCACUUUCCAGCCACUGGUGUUCAGUGCAAAAUUCCGUCCAAGCGAAAUGUGUUUGCUGAAUAUUGCUUUGGUGCCUAACAGAUUUGUAAAAUCUUGCUGCUUUUGUUAGAGUUUUGCAUAAUUAAUUAUUUACAUUUCUGGUGAUAUGUUUUCAAGAUCAUGCGUACAUUUCACUAUGGGGCACAUUCCAUAAUAAGCAGCAAGCAGCAAAUUUUAACAUUAGUAGACAAAUGAUGUGAAAUGAAUAUUCGUGUCACAGCAGGGUUUCUUAAAGAGACAACAUUUUCGACAAACUGUCAAAUAUGUUUGGGCGACAUGCCCAGAAGUAGCUCAGAUGCCAACUUGAAGAUCUUGACUUUUUACAAAGGCUGCAGCAUGUUUGUUUCGCUUGUCCUUUGUGUCUUAUUUUCCAGAAAAUCAUGGUUGACAAAUUCAUCCACAUUAAAACUUUUGGAAAUACAUGAGUAUGACGUAUUCCAGUUUGAUAUUUACGUGGUUUUGUUUGUUUUAAUAUUGUUUUUCCCUUCCUUUAUGCAAUUGUACGUUUAUUUGAUAUGUUUUGUAAUUUCUUUGAUCUACUAAGAACUAACUGGUUUGUUUGUAAGGUACUAAAUGAAUCACAAAACAAGGGCAAAAUAUGCAAAAUUCUGACAUUUCAAUAAAUAAAUUACUAUAACAUU